CUCCUCGUGACGACAGGUCCCGCCCCCCGCCCCUCCUCCGCAUCCGCGCCGGGGAGCGGCGGCCUUGGGCUGAAUGGGCGCGAGCGCGGCGCCGGGGGCGGGAGGGGGCGCGGGGUCCGCGGUUGGCGGCUGGCCGGAGCCCCCUCCCUAGUAUGCGGACGAAGGCGGCGGGCGGCGCGGAGCUGCGUCCCCUGCAGCCGCGGACCGAGACAGCGGCGGCACCUGCAGGCCGAGCAAUGCCAAGUGAGUACACCUAUGUGAAACUGAGAAGUGAUUGCUCGAGGCCUUCCCUGCAAUGGUACACCCGAGCUCAAAGCAAGAUGAGAAGGCCCAGCUUGUUGUUAAAAGACAUCCUCAAAUGUACAUUGCUUGUGUUUGGAGUGUGGAUCCUUUAUAUCCUCAAGUUAAAUUAUACUACUGAAGAAUGUGACAUGAAAAAAAUGCAUUAUGUGGACCCUGACCGUGUAAAGAGAGCACAGAAAUAUGCCCAGCAAGUCUUGCAGAAGGAAUGUCGACCCAAGUUUGCCAAGACGUCAAUGGCACUGUUAUUUGAGCACAGGUAUAGCAUGGACUUACUCCCUUUUGUGUGGAAGGCCCCCAAAGCGAGUGAAGCUGAGUCCAAGUACGAUCCUCCUUUUGGGUUCCGGAAGUUCUCCAGUAAAGUCCAGACCCUGUUGGAACUGUUGCCAGAGCACGACCUCCCUGAACACUUGAAAGCCAAGACCUGUCGGCGCUGUGUGGUUAUUGGAAGCGGAGGAAUACUACACGGAUUAGAACUGGGCCACACCCUGAACCAGUUCGAUGUUGUGAUAAGGUUAAACAGUGCACCAGUUGAGGGAUAUUCAGAACACGUUGGAAAUAAAACUACUAUAAGGAUGACUUAUCCAGAGGGCGCACCACUGUCUGACCUUGAAUAUUAUUCCAAUGACUUAUUUGUUGCUGUUUUAUUUAAGAGUGUUGAUUUCAACUGGCUUCAAGCAAUGGUAAAAAAUGAAACCCUGCCAUUUUGGGUGCGACUUUUCUUUUGGAAGCAGGUGGCAGAAAAAAUCCCACUACAGCCAAAACAUUUCAGGAUUUUGAAUCCGGUUAUCAUCAAAGAGACUGCCUUUGACAUCCUUCAGUACUCAGAGCCUCAGUCAAGGUUCUGGGGCCGAGAUAAGAACGUCCCCACAAUUGGUGUCAUUGCUGUCGUCUUAGCCACGCAUCUGUGCGAUGAAGUCAGUUUGGCAGGUUUUGGAUAUGACCUCAGUCAACCCAGAACACCUUUGCACUACUUUGACAAUCAGUGUAUGGCUGCCAUGAACUUUCAGACCAUGCAUAAUGUGACAACGGAAACCAAGUUCCUGUUAAAGCUGGUCAAAGAGGGAGUGGUGAAAGAUCUCAGCGGAGGCAUCCAUUGUGAAUUCUGAACACACAAAACCUCAGCUGAAAAUGCAACUCUGAACUCUGAGGGCUGUUUUUAACAGCCUUCUUGAUGUACUUCAUCCUGCAAAUACUUGGAAGUGCAGCUGGUGUUUUUAACUUUUAAUUUAAAAACACAAAAAUAUUUUAGCUAUUCCCACUUUUUUUUUCUAUUUAUUUCAGGUCAGUGUUUGUUUUUGCACAGCAUUUUGUAUGUGAAAUUUUGAGAAUUGAGUUGGAAAGACUUCUCAAAGAGAAUUGUUUGUAACAAUGUGCUGAUUUUUAAGGAAGUAAUUUAAUUUGUAAAAAUUCUGUUUGUUUAUACUGCACAUUGCAUGCAGGUAACUAAUUGGAAGGAGAGGGUAGGUCACUCUUUUGAUGAUGGCCUUGAGCCUCAUUCUAGUUCCCUGCUGCGGCUGCACUGCUUGGUGUGACCCACGGAGGAUCCACUUUCAGGAUGACAUGUUCCAUAGCUGUGCUGCUGAUACAGGGUCCGCGACGCAGCAGUGCGAGGCCUGGGCUGGUCGGAGGAGGUCACAGCCCUCUCUGUUGGUCUGCCCUCUGCCAAAAGACUCAAGAACCAACCAUGGAAGCUGUCCUGGAAGUCCCUGGUGGGGGAGGCACAUGGAAUCCGUGUCCCCUGACAACUGUGAAGCCGCCCUGGGCUGUAAAAACCACAGUCUUCCCCAAAAUUAUGACAACUCUUGAAUUUCUUGGGUUGUUUUUUUUUUUUACUGCCCUUUCAAAGCACUUAAGUGUUAGAUCUAACGUGUUCCAGUGUCUGUCUGAGGUGGCUUUAAAAAGCAGAACAAAACCUUUGUUAUUCUGUGUCAUGGGAGAGUACACCCUUUCCAGGAAUAAUCAUGUUUUGGGAAACACUGAAAUAAAAUCCUCCCAGUAUUAUAAAUUGUGUAUUUUUAAAAAAAGAACACAUUUUGAAAGCCUACCUGGCAGUGUAUACCAGGCAAUGUGCCAGUUUAAAAAGAAAAAAGAAUAAAAACUUUGAGGA